GGAAACAGGUUGGCCGGCGGUCGGUUUAGUCUCGUCUCCACAUUCCGAAGAUGCGCAACAACAGAACCGUAUCCGUAUCCGUGUGGCUGGUCUUGUCCGCCGUGCUGGUGGCGCUCCUGCUCCCGGAGGCACUACUGCCCACCGCCGAUGCCGUCAGCGAGCCCGUGUGCUCGUACCGCAACUCGGAGGAUGAGACCAUCUUCCUCAAAUACCUGCCGCUCCUGAGGCGCGGACAGGACUACGUGGACUUCGGAAAGGACGGCAAGUGCCUCAAGCGGGCCACCUGCACGGACACCUUCAAGACGAUCGUGGAGGACUGCGCCCAACACAAAAUCGCGUGUGCCAACAAGGAUCGCUUUACGGGCGUAUUUCCCGGCUGCUGCCUCAAGUGUCCUUAAAAAGGAAAAGUUCAGCUGCUUCAACGCUCCAAAAAUAAAAAGCGAAAAAUACAUAAAACGAAAUUCCAAAUUGCUACUAUGAUUUCAAUUUCAAUAUUGGAUAACACCUUGUGCUUUAUUUAAGUUUGGGUAUUAAAAUGCCUUCAUUUUCGACAAUGAGAAAGUGUUUGACAUCCAACUUAAUGAUAAAAAAAAAUGAAUGUACAUGAAGAUUAUACAAAAUACAAAAAAAAAAUGCUUUUAUA